CCAUAAUCCCUAAUCGACAAUGUCCAUUGGUGGCUUCAUUCCCAUCGAGAUACGUGUUGGUAGAUGCUGAUGUGGGUGAUUUGUUUUAUUUUUAUUGCUGCUUUUUUCAUAAUUUGUUUGCCACUCGGCAGGGGAUCAUUGGAGAAUCUAUUACCAGGAGUGGGGUCUCGGCAAGUGGGUUUUCCAUGCGCUAUUACUGGCUAACGCAAGCUCUUUGCAACUUGGACGUUUCUUCGCUUGCCUCCUCGCUAGUUUGGAGAUAAACUCAUCUUGCUCAAGAUUUCUCGGUCCCAGUGAUGCGAAUAUCGCCAUGCUGCAGCCGUAGCGGAGCAUCGGAGUGAUUGGGCAAGGAAGAAGUUCCUUGGGACCAAUUUCUGUUUUGCAAUCGUGGUGUGAGCCGUGGGUGUUCCAGGUGGCUACAAUGGGUGUCUCAACGAAGGUUGGGACGCAACCUCAAAGUUUCGAUUUGCGGCAGCUUGCGACCAUGAAGCUGUCAACAGAAUACGAUUCUGAGGGGAGUGUUUUUGUCAAUAAAUUUUCUGCACGCAUGCUGAAUGGGAUUGCCAAGCUCACGGGCUCUAUUCAGAGGGAACCGUCGGGCGAUCUUCGCUAUCCACUGCUGGGCGUGGUCACGAAGUUUUUCUCUGUGAUUUAUGAUCACGAGGACCGCAAUGCUCUUGUAACGCUCAAUGCCGACGUCAACCGGAACUUAUCGUUCAAGUACCUGCGAGACAUAAAGGCUCAGCAAGGUGAAGUGAAGCUACUUGCCAGUACAGCGAACCUUAGGUAUAAGACGGAGAUUUCUUUUGACGUCCCAGCCACGACUUUGCCGAAAGUAGUUUGCACGUUUCCGCAAGGGCAAUUAAGGGCUGAAGAGGUGGAAGUGGACGAGGAGCGAGCAAUUGCACUCAGUGGCUUCCUUGGCGGGAGCAUACUCAACGGUCAAGUUGUUGCAAGUUAUUCCGACGAGAGCGCCACUUUAAAAUACACAUACAAGGAUGAGGAGUUGACAAUGAUACCAUCAGUCUCAUGGCCUCAAUUAUCCCCAUCACUUGCAUUUAAGCGGCAGUUUGGACCACACAACAAGCUCAGCUAUUUUCAUAACUUUGAGACAGCCACAUGGAGUGCUGUAUAUAAGUAUAAACCAGUUGAGGACUUCAAGGUUAAGGUUGGCUAUGACUCUGACGUUCGUCUUGGCUGGAGUUCAUUUUGGAUUGGUAAGGAGAAUGCCGGUGCCAAGCAUGCGCCCAGGAAAUUUAAAUUGCAAGUAAUGCUACAAGUACCUCAGGACGAGUUAAAAUCUGCUGCUCUGUUGUUCAGAAUGAAAAAGCGGUUUGAUUUGUGUUGACCCUCGUCUGUACAAUUUUAUUACAACUUCCGAAUCCACCAUUUUGAUUUGAUUAGCUAAAACAAUCCUUCUCGUGUCUGCCUUCAUUGUUGCUUCUCUGUCAUUUAUCACAAAAUGCCUUGCUUCGCUCGUAUUUUGCACAAAGACCCUAGUCAUAUUCUUCUUGUACUGUGUUAGUCAUCCCAAGCCUAUCAAGUGUGCCAGUGUUGGGCUACCUCUCUACGGACGACCUUCGCAAAUCUUUUCAGCUUUGUUUGGGCAAAUCUGAUGGAGCUGAUUGAUGAUCACUUGGAUGUGUACAGCAUGUGAUAAUUGUAUCUUGAAUGGAAUUAUAAAGUACAAUAAAUGAUACAGCA